AUGUCAUCCGACGACUUGCGCCCAGCGGACUUGCUACCAUCUCUAGAGCCGCCAAAUGCACCUGUGCGACCCGUUAUCCCAACCUUGGCGCCGCGCAUCGCCUUCACAGCCCCUUCCCAAGACCUCGGCUCCAACAAGUCGCAGCAGUGGAUCUCAACGACCCAUGUCUAUCCAGCCGCAUGGCCUCGCUCGCAUCCACGCUCGGCCAAGUCCGACAUUUACAACACCGGCGUCCCGUCCUCCUCGAGCCUGGGGCCACUCCCAUCGGAUCCAGAGGCGGCCAAGGCGGAACAGCGCCGACGCCGGGAGGCCGACUUUGCACACUGGCUCGAGGUAUGUGGCGGAAAGGACCACGAGGGUCAGCGCAACGUCAUGCGUACACUUCGCAGUGGAUGCACCAAGUCAGGGCACACUCAGAGGAUCACCGAGGCAAGGACGGCCAACGAGGCUCAGCUCUGGAUGACUGUUAACCGCAUCGUACCCGCGCAUCUCGAAGACGACGUGCACAAAGGCGCCCAUGCCAAAGAUACUCGCCAAGGAAUCACGUUGAUCGCUGCGCAUGCCAACGGCUUCCACAAGGAGAUCUUCGAACCCGCGUUCGAGUCGCUCGUCAAGAAGCUGCAGACCGACGAGCUCCGCGGCAAGUACCGCAUCGACGAGAUCUGGAAUUUUGACUGCACACAUUCCGGCCAAGCUGGUAGCACCAACCGCGACCUCCUCGGCGACACCAUCAGCUGGGCAGACCAUCCGCGCGACAUGAUCAAAUUCCUCGAACAUUACCUUCCCGACACUCCGUCUCACCCUUCUGCCGAGCCGGCGUGGUUGCCGACCUUCCUGACUUCGCACAAGGCCUCCUCGCCCAACGCCAAGCGUCGUCUGGUGGGCAUGGGACACUCCUUCGGAGGUGCUUCGCUCUCGUUUGUACUCCAUGCGAGACCACGUAUGCUCGAAGGACUCAUGCUCGUCGACCCGGCUAUCAUGCAUCUCGAUGAUGAAAAGGCCUUCAAGAUCGACAACCUUUUCGAGGGCAUCAUCCCGCCGAUCGCCGACUUUCCGCUUGCUCGCGGUGCCAUCGCACGCAAGGACACCUUCGACUCGCUGCCUGACGCCAAAGCAUACUUUGAGUCCAAGCCGUUCUUCAAAGUUUGGGAUCCGCGUGUGCUCGAUCUGCACCUCCGCUUCGGUCUGCGCCCCUCAGCGGUACCUGCAUCCCGCGCUCUGGUGGCAGACGACCUGCACGAGAACGACCUCAAGCGCACCGGGCUCGAGCUCAACAACACAAAGUGGCACGAGGCUGCCGCAUUCUCCUCGACGUGGAUGGGAUACAUCGGCAGGAACGGCAUGCUACGUACCAACCACGGCGCAUGGGUGGGCAUGGUCAACAUGGAGGGCGGCUUCAACAACUUCCAGCUUGCGGCAGAGAUCGACAAGCUGGAUCGCGGCUUCAGCGUGACCAUCGAGGGCAACCACCUCGUCGCACAAGAGGAGCCAGAUGCGCUCGCCGGCGCGCUAGCCCAGAUCUUUGAGGCGCAAAAGGACCCAAGCACACUCAAGGAGAAGAAGCUCGCUCGCCAGCUGCGAAAACCUAGACUCACGAGCGAUAUUGUGAGAGUAGCUUCGCGAAGCUGGAGUUGCUGGGCCGAGCCGGCAAUCACUGAAAUUCCGAUCCGCUUCCGCAAGUGGAUUGCCGCUUCCGCGACUUCGGCAUCGACUAGCCUCGACGACAAGGCCAGAGACGGAUUGCUUCCUCUGAGCUCACAGGGCCCGUCUGCGGCCCGCGGCUCCAUCAAGGGCCGCUGCAAGGCUCUUGUCUGCACGCUCGCCGUGGCACUCCUCACUCUCGCCUGGCUCCAUCCCGCUACGCUCGACCGCGCAGUUGGCUGUAUCCGCCAGCCGAGCAUCGACUCGCGAUGCACAUCGAGCGACUUGAGCAGACGCUGCAAGAACCCGCUUAAGCACGCCGAGCACCUGCUUCAAUCGCAUCCGCUCAUCGACGGGCAUAUCGAUGUUCCGGUCAUCGCACGCUAUCGCUACGGCAACAAGGUCGCCGAGAUCCCCUUUGAUCAACCCGCAUUAUCGAACGGCAGCUUUCCGACCUCGGGGCAUGUCGACAUUCCGCGUCUGCGCGCUGGCAGGAGCGGCGGCUUCUUCUGGUCCGCCUACGUCGAGUGUCCCGAUGCCGCCACGGUCGGCAACGACUUUGAGCACGCUGGCGAUCAGAUCGGCGUGCGCGACACGCUCGAGCAGCUCGACGUGAUCAAGCAAAUGACCGAACGGUACCACCACGACUUUGCGCUCGUAGGCGAUGCACGCUCUGCGAGGAAGGCAUUCAAGGCCGGCAGGAUGAUCAGCUAUAUUGGCAUCGAAGGAGCGCACUCGCUCGGCAACUCGCUGUACGCGCUGCGUGCCUUUGCUGCUCUGUUCAGCAGCGGGGCGCCAGGUCCAGUGCGAUACCUGACGCUAACGCACACUUGCCACAAUGCAUUUGCGGACAGCGCGGGCCAGCACCCACCGAGAUGGAACGGUCUGAGUCCGUAUGCCAAGCAUCUCAUCUACGAGCUCAAUAGGCUGGCGAUCGUGCCGGACCUCUCGCACGUGUCGGAUCAGACGGCGCUGCAGACUAUUGACGUCACCAGAGGCCCGCUCAUGCUCUCGCACUCGGCAGCAAGGGCGCUCAACGACCUCGAACGCAACGUGCCGGACUCGGUGCUGCACAAACUCGCAGACUCGGGCAAGGAUCAUGUGGUCAUGAUCAACAUUUACCCUGGCUUUAUCGGCGGCGAAGGCGACCUAGACCAGGUCAUCAGGCACGUCGACCACGUCAGCAGCAUCGUUGGCCGCGACCACGUCGGAGUCGGCACCGACUUUGACGGCAUCCUGAGCACGCCCAAGGGGCUCGAAGACGUGAGGAAGUAUCCGGAUCUCGUGGCGGCACUGGUCGAGCGCGGAUGGUCGGACCGCGAGCUGGCCGGGUUUGUGGGCGAGAACGUACUGCGCGUGCUCGAAGCAGCCGAGAAUGUCGCCGCAAAGAUGCACAGAGACGGCGCACAGCCGGACAACACCAGCUGGGACGACGUCUUCCACUCGCAUGCCCAGCAUGGCGAACUAUGA